GCAACACACAAGAAUUUGUUUACUCGCGCGCUCGCUGACGUUCAAUGCGAAGCUCCACGGCCAGUUCUGCAAGUUUGUAGCCACUGUUUGGGAGCUUGAAAACACAUACGCGCCAAAAACAAUCUGAAUACGACCGAGGGAUGUCUUAUGCUCUCCAGAUGUAAGACAUUAUCGUCAUGGGUUGUGGAAAUAGCUCAGAAACGGAGGGACGAAAGGAGGAGGAGCAUGGUUUUUUUCACCGAAGGCCGAAAGUGAGCAUACGGGUUGGACCGCAUGUGGGCCUAGAGGAGGUCUCAAAAGAUGAAACGCUUGUUGUAUUCGUGUUUGGUGGCCCGGGCUCCAAGAAGGGACGCAUCGUGGAUGACCUCAUCCACAUGUACGGCUUCAGGGCCCUCAUCGCUGAGGAUCUCAUCUUGAAGGAGCUGCCCAAGAAGGUGCAGAACGUGAUGGCCAUUGAGAGCACCAGGGGACUUGCCGAGAUGCUCAAGGACAACCAGUCACUCUUGUCCUUGGAGUGGAUACUUGAUCUGAUCGGCAAUGAGAUUGAGAAAGACCCAAAGCGCCCUCACAUCAUUGAUAUCAUGCCCAACCUGCGCUUCCUGCUGCGCUGUGAGAAGUACAUUCAGGAUCCGGAAUACGACAUGAAGAACUUUGAGAAAAGGUUCCACAACGUGUUUGCCUUGAAUCUGGCUAUUCCUGAGGAGAAAGUCAUCAAGCAGAUCACGGCCCACAGCGCCAAGCAUCCCGACAAGAUGAAAGAGGCUGGGCAGAGUGACGAAGCAGACACCAGCAGAACGCAGAGACGUAACGCUCUCUACAAUGCCAGCGUGAAGCACUUCCUCCACUACUUUGCGUCGUCGGGCCGCCUGGUGACGGUGGACGUGGCGUGUGGAGUGGCCGACCUCAUUUGGCAUCGGGUCAGCGACUUCUUCGGCCAUCAGCUGGAGCUGGAACCCAUCAGGACGGUGAACACCGUCGUCAUUUUUGCUUUUGAUGCACUUGACUUUGAGGGAUUAGACAUGGACCGCUAUGCACUGCAAUUGGUAGCUCUCAAGAAUCUGAUGGACGACAGUAACGCCCCUCCUGACAAAGUACUGGCAGCCCUGUGCAGGCACAUUGAUGCAUCAGCCCCGCUGGUGGAGGCCUUCGCAGUAGACGCCACUGACACCACUCUCUUAUCCUACACAGCUGAGAGGAAAACUCGUUCGACCCGUUUUGUGGAGCAAGCCGAGACGUACCUGGACAAGUACAUCUUCAUCUCCAACCUGAAGAAGACGCGGGGCCGCAAGUGCAGCCUUUUUCAACGGCUCUACAAAGUGGUGGCCACCACGCAGAACGAGGUCUGCCUGUUCCCCCAGGAGACGGACACAGAGCUGUGUAAACGGAUAGCGCUGUUCAUGGCAGAGGAGCGCACGGGCUAUUAACCAGAUCCCACCCGUUGGACCCGAACUCACCCAAACAAAUUGAAACAAAGAAAGAAACACUUUUCUGCCUGGUGCACUCUUGGAAGCUGUCUGCAUGGAUUUAUUGUUGCAUUUACUGGUGUGCUUUUAUUGCACCCUUCUGCACACACGGUCAUGUUGUUACUGCUCAGACCCACAAAGGAAGGCAUGAAGUUGGGAAUUCAGAUCCUGCCUUAAUCGCUCGCUAGGCGGACAAACGUUGGCGCUUUGAUGCUAGGAUCCUUAUGUCAGAAGUGAAAUUGGGCAGUGGGAUGAAUCGUUCAGCUUGAGUGGCAGCUAAAAGAGCGUUAGUGAUUUCAACGAUGCAAACGAGUCACUGUGUGCACAUCAGCCAUGUCAGCGGGAAUGGAUCUUUCUUGGCGUAUGGUGGAAUUGGCAAACAAGCCCCUGGUCAUCUAUACUGCUCCUGUACACCUGCCUUACCAGAAAUCCACUAGGAAGUUUUUGAAGCCUUUUCUGGAUGGCAAAGAGUAGAGCCCAGCCUGUUUCUCCGCAUUCAACUGGAUGCCCUUUCAUCAUACAGAGAACGUGACAUUGAAUCUACUGGAGAGUGGACCUUUCCCAUGAAAUAUGCAAAUUUGACUGGCGCAUGCGCGCUACUACCACUGGUUGGCAAGUGCGGCCGUCAACGCUGUUGGUAGCAUAGGCGAGCUGCUGGUAACCAUAACCUGGAGGGUUGACGGUCAAUCAAAAUCAUAUUACAGCCUUUGCCCGAUACUUGAGCACACUUUUCUCGAAACUAGGUGAAGUUUUUAGUGUCCUGAGGUUGGAAAGUAACAACUCCUCGUCUUUGGCACUCAUGUCAAACUAUACUAGUUCAGAAACGGCGAUAGUGACGCACGCAUGGAGAUUUGUAUUGUUACGUCAUACAUGUAGGUUUAAGCAACUUUGCCAACCAGUGGUAGUAAUACGCAUGUGACGGCCUUAUUUGCAUAUUUCAUGGGAAAGGUCCAUUAAGAAGUUUCCUAACCAAACACAUCUGGAGAGAGAGUGCUGAUUGGCGUGUUCAAUUACUUUCCUCGCGCUUACCCAUGGUGUUUGCCAUAGGUGUUAAGAAGGGCAUGAGCAGUAUGUGGUAAUAAGCAACUGAUUACGAGGAGUCCAGUUGGGGUAAUGGUUCUUUCCUCGCCUUUUAUCUGCGUGGCCCGGGUUCAAUUGCCCAUUCGCUCCACAGGUGAAUUGGGUUUUCAGUCCUUAUCUGAUUUCGUGGAUUACCGGUAUAUCCAGGAUAGUCCCUUGGGGUUUUCCUCUCACUUCUAAAACUAUAACUUCUUCUCAUUGUCUCCUCUCUACAGGCUUCUUUAGGCUUGCGAGCUACUGUGCCUAGGGUGCUUUUGAGGAAUCCUUGGUUUUACUACCAGAAAUAAUUGAUAGUAAUGUUGGGUUAUUUGAGGUGCCUAGCUAGGCCUAGAGGUCAUUUGAAGAUCACCUUUGCAAAAUCAUUUUCAACUGUCGAAAGCAAUGGACAUCCACAUCAUCAUGUGUCUGGUCUCUCUUUUACAGAACUUACUUGGCUAUUUGCUUUGGUUUUUGGGGUACUCCCCAAAGUAACCAACUUGGCUGAUUGGCAACUUUGGCAGUUGACUUUGUAUGAGUAUUAGGUGGGGGAAGUAAUUGAACACAUUGGACAAUGAAGGUACUAAGACUGGUGAAUCAUCGAAUCUCCAAAAUGGUGGUGUGCACUUUGACCUUGUAAGGCCUAGCCCAAAAGUUGUGGCUGCGGCUGGAAAUGGUACACUUGCCUAUGGAGGCCACUAGCCUUGUGACUGCUGCACCUCCCUACUGGCACAUGUGUCACUCCAAGCCAUAGCAUUCUAUUGGAACAUAGGCUGAGUCUUUACCAUGUAAUCAUAGGACUGGUCGCAGACAUGGUGGACAGCGCUCUGUGUGUCCGACCCACAAGUUUUAGGGAAGGGCAGUGAUGGAGUAUGGGCAUGUGCAUAUUUCAUUAGAGCAGUUCUGCAAAAGUGCUCAAAGUGCAGAAUCUUGCUAAGCAAAACCAGGUUACCAGCCAACGGUUACCUGCCAGCGGUUACCACUUACCGGCCAAAGCAUCAUACAAAGUGUAUUACUUGAGACUGGUUCACCACUCAUUCUUUGCUCGGCACAGAAAUUCUGCCCAGCAGUGUUUGAGACAUUGGGCCAUGUUUGCAAGCACACCUGUCCAAAGCGGUAAAGAGUAUACUGUGCCGGUAUGUGUUUCUUUCUUUAUGCAGCAGAGUGUGUGCCGUUGAUGUAGUUCUUUUGUGGGGUCCAGUCAUUAGCAUGAGGGUUAUCCUACGUACUCUGGAAGAGCAAGAUUUGUUUUUUCUGCUUUUAUUGGGAGGGGAGUGUGCCUUCUGGGUUGAAAAGUUUGGUCCAUCUUUGGGAAACACUUCCGCAAUGGGAGUAGGAUCGAGUGGGUCGUCAGAAGUGCCAAAACCGUUUUCUGGUGUUGGGCUACACGUGAAGAUUGUUAACGGUCACUAAGCAAUAUAGAGUGUGCGGCAUGAGGAACGCGCGCAAAAAAUGAGAGUAAAAGGUUGAAGCAGGAGAUUUUUUUAAAACUUGCAUGUAUGUGUGCUACAAAGCUUCUGUGAUAAGGUUGUACAAUUCUAUCACUCCGAAAGGACUGGGUGGAAAGUGAGACUUUUUACGUGUAAAUGCGACCCUCACUCAAUUUCUGAGAUAGCCACUUGGCAGUAGCUCCCUAUGUUAAUGCCUGAUUCUGUCUGUAGUCUGCUCAGAAUCCCCCCCCAUUGGCUUUUAUGCAAGAAAUGAUGGGAAUCGGCUUUGAUGAAAGAGAUCCAUUGAAAAUAGACUAAUGCUUUUCUGCACAUUUGAUGCAUUACUUUGUUAAAUUACAUUUACGAAUUGUUGGUUAUUCAACCGUUUGACUUGCCUAAUGAAUCCAAACUGACCCACUGAAAUAUUCUCAAUAGGUCAUUGCAAAUAGUGAAUGUUGCAUUGUAUUUGAAAGUUUUUCCAUAGUUUGAUUCAUUUUUAAACUUGUAUUCUGCAUGCACUGCGUGAAAGACUUUGUGAAUGACUUUGUGAAUUUUACAAUGUAGCAUUUCAAACUCUUCUGAUGUAAUUUUUGGAGAAUUCUACAAUUUUUUUUAACCAAGGAAAGAAUGUACAUAUUUCAUUGCGUGAUAAAUGUUUCAAACAAUAGCAAGUAUAAUACGCUGUAAAAUUCUGUUAUCUCGGGUAGGAGUCAUACUUGUAGGUAGGGAUUUUUGCCAAGUUCGAGUUUGUUCUCAUGCAGUAAAUUUAUCAUGUUCAAGCUUUAAUAUUGACUAAAAAGAGAGACACUUGUUGCAGAUUUUGAAGCUCGAAAGAUAAUGCAAAUUUCUGCCGCAUUCACGAAUAAACAGGAGCCCCAUUAAAACGGAUUUCAUUACCAUGAUGGCAAAAACGCAGGGUGUUUAGGUCUGUGGAAGCAAAGUGGGCUUCGUGGGUCACUAUCCCAAGGACUUUCGAAGGUGUUUGAUCAGCCACAGUUGGUCAAUGGUGGUUGUUUUUUUGCCUGGUAAUCGGUACUCUUUUGUGCACGAUUUGCAUGUACAUGUACACGGGAAAAUGACCAGAGUGGUCGCAGCUCAAACACGGCCUGGAUGGUUGAUGCUUCCUCGCUCGACGAUGUCCUGAAGUGAAACACACAUGCAUGUACAGUACAUGUCCAUGCAUUGGGCUCUGCAUUCAGGCAUGAGACACUACAACACAUUAUCAGUUAAAACAUGAUUUAUUCGCGGAUAACCUCUUUUGACUUGACAAACAUGCACAUGUUCUUGCAGAUUGUAGAUUAGAAAUGUACAUGUAUGGAGGACCAAAUAGACAGUACUACGUCACUGACAAACCUUACAAGGUACAAGUGUAGAAUUUUGUAUUAAGUUUAGCCUGUAAAUAAUACUCUUAUAUUACAUAUACAUGUACUUUUGCUCAUUUGCUCCAGAAUCACAUUUAUUUAUGAUGCCAAAUCAUAUGUCAGAGAAGGUUCAAAUUAUAUACAUUUACAUACAUGUACAUACAUUUACAUGUACGUUCUUCAGCUUAAAAAGAAAGGAAAAAAAGAAGAAAAAUAUAUAUACAUGUAUUUACAGUUCCAACUCACGAGGCAGAAAAAGUUGAGUGUGCAGUGUAUACCAUUCUUCUAUUUCAUAUCGACUUUUCUCCCCCAUUUGUCAUCAUCUGAAAUAACAGAGAAAUCUCCCAAACCGUUACAUUACUGUGGGUUCAAAAUCUCACCCAGUGUCUUUAAAGUACUGGAUAACCGUCUAUGGGGAAUGUUCCUGUGGUUUGCUUUUAGUCAAGUACAGUACAUAGAGUUCUCUCAUGGUCUGGGGAUCAGGAUGAAAAUUUGGACUUUUGAUUUUGAAAUUCGAUACAAGUAUUCAGGUACCUCACUUUGUAACGCCAGUAAUACCCGUAAUAAUUAAAAAAUCAAAAACAAACCGGUACCCCUCAUAAACAUUUCAUGCUGUUUGAUUAAAAUAUUACAGAAAUACGUGAAAGAGAAUAGAGAAAGAGAAAAGGUUAUUAAACUUGUGUUAAUAUCAUCCAUGAUGUAAAAUGUUUACAAAUUCUUGUAGUAGAUAAAUUACACCUUGCCAUCCCAUUUUUAUAAUUUUAUUUUAGUCCAUUUCUUCAAGAAAUCUUGUAAAUACAUAAUUUGUGAUUAAGGCUGUAGUAUACUAUUUUUUGUUCUUGUUCAUAAUUACAGAAAACCACCAGUUUUUAUUUCAUGUGCAAUUUAAUACGCCCAAUCUUAAUUUCUGUGCAAAAUUUAAUUUACAGAUGCCUGUAUUAAGAAGCCCUUGAUAUACACUUACAGUUUGUUUAACACAGAGCCACUUUUGGUUGCUUGAAAUAAAUUGCUUGUUAAAAUAGA